CGGCACAGCAAGCAUGCCCGAGCCGAGCAACGAUUACCGGGUGGUCGUGUUUGGAGCGGCCGGGGUUGGCAAAAGCUCCUUGGUGCUUCGCUUUGUGAGGGGGACCUUCCGGGAGGCCUACGUGCCCACGGUGGAAGACACCUACCGGCAGGUGAUCAGCUGUGACAAGAGCGUCUGCACCCUCCAGAUCACCGACACGGCGGGAAGCCACCAGUUCCCGGCGAUGCAGAGGCUCUCCAUAUCCAAGGGACACGCCUUCAUCCUGGUGUACUCCGUCACCAGCAGGCAGUCCAUGGAAGAGCUCCAGCCCAUCUAUGAGCAGAUAUGCCAGAUUAAGGGGGAUAUCCGAAAAACCCCCAUAAUGCUGGUUGGUAACAAGAGCGAUGAGAGCCAGAGGGAGCUGGAUGCUGUUGAAGGGGAAGCCUUAGCCGGCAAGUGGAAGUGUUCCUUCAUGGAGACCUCGGCCAAAAUGAACUACAACGUCCAGGAGCUUUUCCAGGAGCUCCUGAACCUCGAGAAGAGAAGAACUGUCAGUCUGCAAGUGGAUGGAAAGAAAUCCAAGCAGCAGAAAAAGAAAGACAAACUCAGAGGGCAGUGCUCCGUAAUGUGAUGGGCUUUGAGCGGC